GCUAUAUAUCCCAGUGUCUUUUUAUAUUCUGUUGAUACGGAUGAGAAUUUCAUUUAAACCCAGAGAUAUCACCAAUGAUUUCAUCAAAGUUUUUGUUCUUCUUAUUAAUGAUAUUUCAAUUUUUCCCACCUCUACGAGGUGCAGCUUCCUUUGACAACUUAAAGUGUAAUAAAUAAUUCUCGUCUUUAAUUUACUCUCUUGAUCUUGAAAGUGCCAAGAAUGGAUUCAAUAUCCCUCCGCGCCAAGGCAAUCCUUGCUCGCCAAGUUAAUCAUGAGUGUGAUUGUAAGAGUGAUAAUGAGAAUUAUAGUGACGAUGAAGAGAGGAGUAGUAAAUAUCGUUUUGUGAGUGCUCUAAGUAUGAGUGGAGGAAAUGGAGACAACAGUUACUCCACAAAUUCUCUUCUUCAGAAAAGAGUCUUAUCAAAGAUCAAAACAGUCUUGGUUGAAAACACCAAAGAAAUGAUGACAAAUUUGGACUUUCCUAAAUGCAUUAAAAUAGCCGAUUUAGGAUGUUCGUCGGGACCAAACACAUUCUUGGCGAUAUCUCAGAUCGUCAACACAAUCAAUGUGUUUUGCAAAGAAUGCAAUCAAAACCAGCCGGAGAUAGAUUGUUGUCUGAACGAUCUGCCUAGUAACGAUUUCAACACAACUUUCCAGUUUCUUACUUCCUUCAACAAGAAACUCACACAAGAAGGAUCUUGCUUCGUCUCUGGAAUCCCUGGUUCUUUUUACUCGAGGCUCUUCCCUCGCAAGAGUCUCCAUUUCGUACAUUCAAAUUACAGUAUUCAUUUUCUCUCUAAGGUUCCGGACGGAUUGGAGAAGAACAAGAUGAGUGUGUACAUAACAAGUUCAAGUCCUCUAAGUGAAUACAAGGCUUACUUGAAUCAAUUUCAAAGAGACUUUACGACAUUUCUAAGAAUGCGCUCUGAAGAGAUGGUAUCUAAUGGACGCAUGGUCCUGACAUUAAUCGGAAGAAACACCACUGAUGAUCCGUUGUAUAGGGAUUGCUGUCACUUUUGGACAUUGUUAUCCAAAUCUCUCUGUGACCUAGUCUUCGAGGGCCUAGUGAGUGCAUCCAAGGUAAAUACGUUCAAAAUGCCUUUUUAUGAUCCGACCAAAGAAGAAGUGACAGAUUUGAUAAGAAAAGAGGGAUCCUUCCAAAUAAACGACUUGGAGACACAUGGAUUUGAUCUCGGUCAUAGUAUCGAAGACUGUAGCUUACAACCACACAGAGUCAAAUCAGGGCAAAAAGAAGCUAGUUGUAUAAGAGCUGUGACUGAAACGAUGCUCGUAGCUCAUUUCGGAGAUGCCAUUAAUAUUGAUACAUUGUUUAACAAGUAUGCGUUUCAUGUGUCUCAGCAUGCAACAUGUACGGUCAAAACGACUGUCACUCUAGUCGUUUCAUUGAUUCGGAGUUAACUUUCGUUAUGGAUUAAGGAUUAACUGGUGUGUGACAUGCAACGUCAAAUUUUCCUUAAACCACUGAAUUGUGAUUUAUGUCAGAUAUUGUUGUUUGAUUAUGUUAACGUGGAUUUG